AUGGCUACUUCACGUCGAACGACCCAGGCGCUGUAUGACAGCGUAUCGAAAGCCGCAGCACCACGCUACAUUUGUCGCUCGUGCAGAAAUCACAUUCAGUUGAAUGCGCAGCAACACCGGGCCGUUUCGAACUCGACUUCCUCCCAUACUCUACGUCGUAAGCCGUGGCAGGCGAAUGUGGGAGCACCGCGCUCGGCUUCUUUCGGCACCACGUCUUCGCGAUGCUACGACGAUUCAAGACUGUCGUCGUCGUCGAAAGGGCUGGGAUCUUUGCCCGAGGACAAGUCUUACGUUGAGGCAGAGACAUGGGACGGUCUAGAGCACGUCGGACACCAAGGACACUGGAAAGAUAUCCCUGCAAAGCCCGAGGACGACUUCGAGCCCUGGCUCAUCCGAAACACGACGUUUCCCGACCGCACAGAACUCCUGGCCAUGCUCUACGUCGCUGUCGUCGAUGUCCUCACCUACGAAAAACUUAGGACCCACGAGAAGGAUCUCAAGCUGGAAGACCUGCAACUCAGCCACGCCUACAAUAAAGUCAAGCUUGUACUUUCGCCGUCAGGAGCCAUCUCGCACCUCGAAGACCCCGAGGGUGUCCUUGGACAGUCCAUGGACGAUUUGUUGAAGGUAUACACCGACGACGCCGAGGCCGUGAAUCUGUCCAUCUCGGAGAUCAGAGAACAGUUGGGCGCAGCCAAGUUUGAUUUCACCAGCAAGACUACCUUCGCCAUUCUCAAACGCUUCUCCCGUCUGAUCUCGAUGCCUGUUCCCGAUCCCGUGCUGAACACGGUCGUCCGCGGCAAUAAAUCCCUGGCCGAGUUUGUCAGCUUGCUCGACAACACGAAACCCAAGCCACAGAAGACAGCCGAAGUUUUGAUCGCGAAGCAAACCAAAGCACUAAACUUCGCUGCGAACGCCGAGUCUACGGCUGAGAGCUCAGUUGAAAACUGCGCACCCAAGAGGAAGGUGCCCCAGCCGCUAGGCCCGAACGUGAUGGUUCUCUCGAGACGAGAAACGCCCGUGGAUAAAGAGAAGGAGAUUGGACGGUGGAAGGUGAUUGCGCGAGAGCUACAGGCCAAGGGACUCCCGGUGCUUGGUCACAAGAACCUGGCACCUCAAGGUCAGGAAUGGAACCAGGCCACAGUCAAUACGAACUGA